AUGCAAAAACUGACGGAGCGCAUAGACGACCUGAAGCAAAGAAUAGCUGCUUGGGGAAAGCGGAUUCGGCGAUAUACCGAGAGGUCGACACGAUUCAACCAGAAUCGUCUCUUCCAGAGUGAUCAGAAGAGGCUCUAUAAAUCAUUGGAGCGACCAAUAGUAAGUGGAACAGGCCCUGCACCAAAUCAGGCCGACACGGUCGCAUUCUGGCGCAGCCUGUGGUCAGAGCCCGUAUACCACAACGAGGGCCCUUGGACGGAAGCUGUGGCGAGUCAGUGUGCGGGUAUUACGCCCAUGAACCCCGUCAUCAUAACGCCGGAUGACGUAGCUGAGGCGGUCCGUAGGGCCCCGAACUGGAAAAGUCCGGGGCUUGACGGGUUGCAUCACUACUGGCUGAAGGGGUUCAUGGUGUGUCACGCUGUGCUCGCCCGACAGUUUAAAGAGGCUCUCAACCAGAAGUCGCUCCCAAGCCUCUUCACUACUGGGAUCACUCAUUUGGUUCCUAAAGAUCAGGGUGCCACAGACCCGAGCAAAUACCGCCCCAUCACGUUGACGUUAGAUAGGAUUUUCGAGGCGUUGCAGGCCGAAGAAGACCCAGGUGAUAAAAUUUUGUUUCCUCUUGACGACGGUGAGUUAAGUGUUGAAGAUAGUGUUGAUGAAAACGAAGAUAAUGUCGUUCAUCUUCCUAGUCGCAUGCUUCGAUCUCAAGUUAAGGCACAGAAUCGCCCUUCCGUUUCCAGAGAAAAUCUUGACGAGAAAGAAGAAGAAGAAUCCAUGCCUACUCGAAAGAACGAAGAAAAAAGAAAAUAUGGUAAAAAAUGGCACGAUUAUGUAACCACUGGUUCUUUUACGACUAGUGGUAAAGGAGAACGCGGUGAAGAGGUUUUUGCUCACUCACAGGAGGAAAUGACUCCCGUCCAAAGUUUUGAGUUGCUUUAUAGUGACGAACUGAUUAGUAUAUAG